UCUUGAUUGCACCUCGAAUGGCAUCCCACCGCCCCAUGUCCCCCAUGCAUUUCAUUUUUAUAUUUUCCUUUUUCUCAAAAGAUAAAAUCAACCAUGUAAUUCCCAAAAGAAGGUGCCACAUCACCCAUGCCACCCCCACCCGUACCAUCUAUAUAAGUAACCAAACACUUCUAAACCCCAAAAUAUUAUAGCUAGCAAUUUGAAUCAGUUUCCGUACUACUACUACUACACUACUUAGAGAAACAACGAGAGAAAACAAGAAAUGUCUUCCAACGACAAGAAAGUUGAAGUGAGCAAGGGCAGAGAGGAAGAUGAAGCAGAAUUCGAGAAGGAAGAGUCGGUGCCCACUGUGACAAGCAAAUUGUUCUUGAAACCAAGUGAGAACCAGAAGCCUGGGAAUAUGGAUAAAGAAGUGGUUCUGCGGCGAAUUCGUCACCGGAGAAGGGUCAACAAGGUCCGAGCCGCUGUGGGCUCCUUUUUCAGCUCACCUUUCUCCACCGACCACCAUAGGAAGUGGGUCGACGAUCCAUUUGCCGCCUUUUCACUGCUGUGGCAUCCAAACUUCCUUCAUCUCUCGGUUCCGGUCUCUGUCAUUGUCUUUGGUAUCGUCAAGCUCGUCGUCGUUCUCUCAUAUCGGGUCUCUCUCAUGGUCUCACGUGCCUUUCUUGUCUUCGUUGUCGCCGGCGACAAAAGCAGCAGGUCCCAGCGCUUCCUUUUCGCCGUCAAUUUCCUUUGCGCAACCGGAAGUUGGUCCUAAUUUGUUCCAUGUUGCAUUCUGGCGUUGAACGCCAGAAACAGGUUGCAAGUUAGAGUUAAACGCCAGAAACAGGUUACAACCUGACGUUUAACUCCAGAAAUAGCCCAGGCACGUGAAAAGCUCAAGUCUCAGCCCCAGCACACACCAACUGGGCCCCAAAAGUGGAUUUCUGCACUAUCUAUCUUAGUUUACUCAUUUUCUGUAAACCUAGGU